CCAACAUCCGAGGUAACUUUUGUGCAAUACCAACAAAACCAACUGGUUCGUUGUUUGAUUCGUUCGAUGCAUCCCGGUGGUUGGAUUGGAAGGCGGGCUGGGAGACAACGCGGGAGAUGAGAGGUUAAAGAGUUCGAAAGAGUGAUUUUGUUGCGUUUCGUCUAAGCGAUCGGUGUUAACACAAUUAUUUCACCAUGAGUCUUCUCACAAGUACCGUGAUGGAGCGAAUACCUCCAGUAGAUCCAUUUAGGAUUCACCUUGAAUCAUUGGAGUUGGCAGGUAAAGUGCUUGAAAAGCAUAUGGUGGCUGAUAACUCUAUUCCAACAUUUCUUGAUAUUACAGAGAUCAACGCAACAGGUGGCCCAACAGUCAGUGGCCAAGCUGACCCUCAUUAUCCGAAUAUUCCUGGAAUUUCUGAUGUUAAGUUGAUGAGUACUCUUAGCAAAUUGCCAUUGCCUCCAGAAGUUAUGGAACAUUUUGGACAUAUGCAAUGUCGAUGUAACAUGGGUUUAUUUACAGAAAUAAGCAGAGCUUGGCUAACAAUCGACACAGAUAUUUAUGUUUGGACAUAUGAGCAUGGCUCGGAUGUAGCAUACUUUGAUGGUGUGGGAGAAACUAUUGUGAGUGUUGGCUUAGCAAAACCCAAACCUGGAAUAUUUAAUAAUUUUGUGAGGUAUCUGCUGGUUUUGACUACCACUGUAGAGGUUGUUGUACUUGGUGUCACAUUUUCAAAUACAAAGGAAGGCCCUCUUGGCGUAUUAGAAGAAAUGCACUUGAUUCCGGAUCCUGUUUUUGUUGUACCAACUGAUGGAGUAACCAUGACUACUACCACCUGUACAGAAUCAGGGCGUAUAUUUAUGGGUGGUGUUGAUGGCAACCUAUAUGAAAUAGUGUAUCAGGCUGAAAGUGGUUGGUUUGGAAAAAGAUGUAAAAAAGUAAAUCAUUCCACAGGGACGUUAUCGUUCUUAGUACCAUCAUUUGUAAGCUAUGCUUUUACAGAAGAAGACCAAAUUGUGCAAAUAUCUGUGGAUAACAGCCGCAAUAUUUUGUAUACUCUCAGUGAGAAAGGCACAGUAACUGUUUAUGAUUUGGGCUCUGAUGGAAAAUCAAUGCGCCGUAUUACAUCUGUUUCUCAAAACACAAUUGUUCAGUGUGCAUUUCAACUUGUUAAGACUCUUGAUGUAAGUGUGUUCCGGCCAAUAGUCUGUGUGUGUCCUGUGGAGGCCAGCGAGUCACCGUACUUGAAUUUUGUGUUGGUUACCCAAACAGGAGUUCGCAUGUACUAUACAACUAGUGGAGUUUUGAAUCCUCCUUCAUUGCGACCUUAUACCGCUGAGUUACUCCAUGUGCGGUUGCCUCCUGGUUUUGCUGCGAAUUCUCUUCCAAAUCGACCUAGUAAUGUUCAUAUGGCUACAUAUAAAAAAGGGACUCUAGUUUUGGUUUCAUCUCCCGGUGGGGACAAGGACAUGGUGUGGUGUUUGAACAAUGAUCUCUAUCCCUUCCAAUCGCACAUCGCUGACCUUCAGACUGUGCUGACCCUUGAUGGCACUGCUUGGGCUUUGGAAGAAGUGAAGGGUCAAGAUGCUCAAGCAUUCUUAACAUGCUUAAAGAAUACUUCACAGCAUUCAGUACCUAUUGCAUCAAGUAUGUCUGUUCCAUCUCAGCCAAUAAUGGUUGCUGAUCCACCAUUAAUGGUCCGUCAGCACAUGGAACCACCUCGGAAAUACAUUGCUUUCACAUCACAGGGAAUAGAAAUUUUAUUGAAACUGCGACCAGUAGAUGUCCUGAAACAGUUGCUGUUGGAUAGCCAUGGUCCAGAUGGGCCAGCUGUGCAAAGAUUCUUUAAAGAGAUAAGAGAGGAUCAAGCUUGUGCAUGUGCUCUAAUUCUUGCUUGUCAGGACAGCACACAGAAUGGUCAGAUAGUUGAUUGGGCAUCGCGGGCAUUCUUUUUGUAUGGUGGUGAACCCAAAAAUCUUGUAGAAAAUCCAACAAAUCCUGCAGCAUCAACAUCUUUCCAGUAUUCAAUGCAAGGGGGAUUUAACCCAACUACUGUUUCUACUCCAGUGCAUGGUGCACAGAUUCCACAGCCCCGUAAUUUGAACCAACAAUCAUUUUCAUCUCCUCAGUCAUUUGGUGGAAAUGUUUCCAUGCAUGGGUACACGACACCCUAUUCACCUCGAACACCACAAUCUCCAGCUCAAGCAGCACUUUCAACUAGUAUUUGUAGCAACUUGACCAGGGAAGAUUGUGUAUGGAUAUUAGGACAUCUUCACACACUGCAAUCUUUUCUCAAUAAGAAUGGGCCAUUCAGUCUCUUGAAUGCCCAAGGACUAUCAAGAAGAGUGGAAGAAACUCCUUCUCAAAGCAGGUCUCGAUAUACUUCAAGAGAUGCCCUGCAAGAAGAAAAACGCUCUCUUGAUGCAUUCAAAGGCUUUGUCACUCAUACAUGUGAAGUCUUGGGUCUAUGGAAAAUCUUGUGUGAACAUCAGUUUCAUGUGGUAGCUGAUGCUCUUACGAAGGAUCAUCAAAACCAGCUGCUGGCUGCAUCAUUCAGAAAUUUGAUACUUGUGGGACAUGAAUUGUGUUCUGUGUUGCUGACUGCUCUUAUUAAUAGUUAUCUGAAUGAUAAUGCCUCUGUAGAUUCCAUUAUUGCUAAGCUUAGAGAAGUGUGUCCACAUUUAUAUCGAACAGAAGAUGCAGCUUGUUCAAAAGCAUAUCGUAUGAUCCAGAGUGCAAAAGCCACACAAAAUCAGGAAGAAAAACUAGCAAAGCUUUCUUGCGCCCUUCAGCUUUGCAAGGAAGUUGCCCCUCACAUAAACCUUCCCUAUAUAUGUCAGUGGUUCUUCCAAAGCCAGCAUUAUGAAGGCAUAUUAGAGCUCUGUGUGACAUGUGCUCUUAAACUCGAUCCAAAAGAUAUGGCUUCUCAUUAUUAUAAUAAUAAUGAACCAGCUGGAGAUGAAGAAGGCUACCGUGCUUAUGUUGAUCGAGUUCAAUGCUACAAAGAAAUCACAUCUGUGCUAGAUCUUUUGCACACUCAAAAUGACAGUGCACAGUUAUUGAAACUUGUUCAUGCAGCCUUAGCCACAGAGGAUGAAUUGUUGCAUGUUGCAAUCUAUGAUUGGAUGUUGAAUAAAAAUUUGCUUGGCGAUUUAGCUGUCGCAACACAGCCUAGUUAUGCUAAGUAUCUGAACCGCAGAUGUGAACAGGGUCAAGACAGUGUUCAGAUGAAUGACCUACUCUGGAAAUAUUAUGAAAAGAACGAAAAUCAUGCAGCUGCUGCCAAAAUUCUUUUGAAGCUAGCCACCACUCAAGGAGACUCUGUAGCUUUAACCCAGCGCAUUGCUUACCUGGCUCGUGCUGUUAUGUGCAUGCGAAGUGACAAAGUAGGUUGUGCUCCUCACCUUGGAGUAUUUUUGAGGGAGCUUGAGGACAAGAUAGAAGUUGCUCGUCUUCAACAACAGAUUCUAGAUGCAAUAAAUAAUAAACCUGCAAGUUCGCGCACUGGUGAAGCAAUCACAAAAUUGAAUUCUGGGCUUUUGGAUAUUACAGCUUUGUAUGAAAACUUUGCUGAACCGUUUGGACUGUGGGAAAGUAAACUUGCGAUCAUUCACUGUUCUGGUCAUCAUGAUCAAGGUCUAAUUGAGCAUGUUUGGCAAAAUAUUAUUGAUAGUGAACUUCAGAAUUCGAAAUUAAGAAAUUCUGAUGAUAGAAUGGCUUUGGUUCUAAGUAAAGUGAAAUCUCUGGGUGAAGAAUAUUCACUGUCACCACGAUGUUUUCCAGUUGCCUUUUUGGUGCAAAAUUUGGAACUGCAGUGUUGUCGUCUUGGUGCUGAAAAGAAACAAGUUUACCAAUUGAUGUUGUCUUUGGGAGUUCAUCUGGCGAAACUCAUACAAAUAUACGAUACCAUUGUAUCAGAAAAUGACAUCAGUUGGUUCAAAAAUGGAGGAGAGUUUUAUGUAAUAGAAGUGGUUGCAUACUUGAUUGAUGAGUUUAUUAGUAAUCCACGAUUGGUUCCAUCUGCAGAAAAGCGCCUAAUUGCUACAAAAGCAGGUGAUUUGUUGACAAAAUGUCUCACUUUGUUAUACACAAAACCAGGAAGCCCAUUGAUAGAAAGACUGCAGGGUGUUCAAGCUCGAUUAAAUAGAUUUUCUAAUGAAUUAUAAACCUACAUUCUUCCAUUUAAAUGUGAUAUUUAUACAAUUGUACAGAUCUUUGUGAGUGUGUUAAUCAUGAAUGAAUGAGUUAGGAAGUUUAUCAAAAACUGACCAUCUUGAAUUUUUUAAAAGUUGAAGUUUACUUUUAUUUACAUCUACUUUUAUACAAUGAAAACAUGCCAUAAGAAAAUGAUUGUUAUCAUCUUUUGCAUUAAAAUAAAUGUUAAUCAUGUUGAGACAGUUUGUUUUUAUUAAAUUAAUUUGUAUUUGUUAUUUUUGUAAAUUGAUGUUCAUAGCACUUCCUUCCAAUUCAGAGAUGCUUAUUCACUGAACCACAUAAAAAAAAAUAUCAUUGAUGUUCACAACUCUUUGUGUUUGGAAAAAGUUAGCACAUUCUGCAGCUCAAACAUUUGUAAGAGGAUUGAACUUGUAUAUAGAACAACCUACUUCAUUAAAGCUGCCUAAAAAACUAGGUACUGUAUGUUUCUCUUAACUCCCCCUGAGCUAAACAUUCCAUUCUGACUCAUUUUUACUUUCUC